AUGAAGUUUCGAAUCGAUAACACAGAUCACAUCAUCGACGUGAACAGAGGGAACCUUCCGUUCGAGUACGACCAAGUGAACAUCAUCUGUCCAGCCUACAAACCCGGCACCAAGGAAGAAGACGUUGAAAGAUAUGUCAUAUACAACGUGUCCAAGGAGGAGUAUGAUUCGUGCCGCAUCACCAACCCCAACCCUCGCAUUAUUGCUGUCUGUGAUAAACCUCAUCACCUGAGAUACUUCACCAUCACCUUCCGAAACUUCACCCCGCAGCCGGGGGGCCUAGAAUUCACACCGGGCCAGGACUACUACUUCAUAUCAACUUCUCGUAAUGGUUCUGAUGGCCUGCACCAACGUGUUGGUGGUAGGUGUGCCACACAUAACACUAAAGUGAUCUUCAAGGUUUGCUGUGGACCUUCAAAAUCCUCCACAACAGAAGUCCCCAGCAGCACCACCACAACGGUGAGCACUACCACCACCACCACUCUUCCUCCCUCCACCCCCUUCCACCGCUUCCGCCGCCCGACGAUGCCGCCCUUCAGGCUGCCCCCCGGCAUCAACACGAGCAAAUAUCCUAAUUACAAAUCCUACGACUUUCCGCGGGAAGAAGAAAGCGGCAAGAUGCCAUCCAAAAAAACCGAAGAUAGAGACAAAUUGCCAAAUGAAACAAGAGCUAAAAAUGAAGAAUUAAAAAACCAAGCUUCUUUCAUAAAACUACAACAGAACUGUAUCCUCACAGUGACAACGCUCCUGCUCACACAGUAUCACCACCUACUGGCCAGGUGA